GUUCAACUUAACAACCAAUUUUGCGCUGCCGGCACUAUUUACUUCUGUAGAUUGCCGCAUCAGCUGUAUAUCUUGCCACUCUCACAACAAAUUCAAACCACGAUAUCGAGUUUAGCGCUGCACCACGAGACCUGCAACAUCCUUGAGUGGAUUGACACCACGAGAACAAUACAUUUCAAUCAUAAGAGGAGGACUGUUCACAGCCGCAUGGUGCAAUGAACGAAACGCCGCGACUGCGGUCGGCCUUCCCCACUACUCCCCAAACACAGCCUCGUUUCCGUACCUCAAAUCCCGACGACGGCUCGAGUUUUGGCUCGCCAGGUUCGCCAUUUUCUCGAAGAGCCGUGCCCGCCACGAAGCAGCCAACGAAGGUACCUGUAGAUGCCAGGUCCACGGGCCAGCCAUUUAUCCCGACAGAAGUAGUGGACGCUCCGUCGCAAAGAUUCUAUGUCUUCGCCUUUUACAUUGCUCUGACUGCAUGGAGACUAUACAACUCGUUCGGUGUGGAGAACGACCUUGACUCGACAUGGCUGUUCUUGAAAUGGAUAGGAAUAGAUGCUGCCUUCUUCGUGGCUCUUCCUGCCUUCAGAAUUCCCUGGCUGGAGUUUUCAUUUGCGACCACCUUCACAAUAUGGCUUUUGCAUGCUAUCGCGAAUGCCUUUCUAAUGUAUAGAAUCCCCCUUCCGCUGAUGUCCUGGUUAGGAGCUUUGGUCAAGGUUGCAUAUGAUAGGGAACUUGCAAUUUCAGAGACACGAGUCAAGCCCGCCGACAUUCUACAUAAUUCUUCCAUCAUUUUGGGAAAGCAAAUCAUUCAUAUCCUCCCGGAGGGCUCGGCGAUCCUGAACCCCGAGAAGAAAUCAUUUUGUCUGGAUUCUUCCAAUCCAACUAUCGAUAUACCCAUCCAAAUCAAUCAGACAACUCCCAUCUCAAUCGAAUUACAAAGAUUUGAUCUCGACACAAAUGAGGUGGAAACAAUUCUAAUCGGCAGCAAGCAAGCCAAGCAAAUGAAGAAGCAUGCUGAUGCAGGAAUCCCCAGGUCCGAGACUAACAGUCCUCGAACUUUGCGAUAUCCUGUAUCCAAAAAAGGGCUAUAUCAGCUCCAUCGUGUUAUAGACACGACGAAACUGGAAGUGCGAAAGCGGAGUUUUGAUGUUGCAGUUGUGCAAUGUCCCAAGGCUUCCAUCUCAACCGUUUCAGAAAAUCGGUGCACAGGAGAUCUCAGCAAUGUGGCAUUGCAACUGUCUGGUGUGCCUCCGUUCAAAGUGAAGUACAGCAAGACUGUCAAUCACAAGCAAUUAAGCUCAAUUGUGCAGAACGUUCAGCCGCGUCCAGACUCAGGCUAUGUUUCUGAAGAGGAGGCCGCUCAGGCAGUGGUGGAUCUCAACCGACCUCAGAUGGGCUGGACCAGGUCGACCACUGAAACCUUUGAAAUCAAUGAGUCGCUCCAUCAGAAUGGAAGCUAUUCGUAUACGGUAGAAGAGGUGGAAGAUGGCCUAGGAAAUAAAGUGACUUACGAUUCGAGCAACCCAAAGAACCCUCACGCUCCUCGAAUUCAAAGCCUGACUGUUCAUAACAGACCUCGGAUCGGCCUGAACUUCCCUGACUCCAAGCAAGGCGGACUGAUACCUGUACGAAGAGGAGUAUCGACCGGUCUCCCAAUAAGUAUUCAAUCAGCAAGCCGUUUACCUCCGUCCGAUUGGCCAUUGAAAGUUAAAUACACCUUUCAUCCGGACACCGAAGAUGAGAACGCGCCCACAGAAGAAUUCAGUUUCGAUAUGGUCAACGAUCGGUCACGGCCGCAGGUGCAAAAACCUGGACGGUACAAUAUUGAGUCAAUCGACAGCCAAUUCUGUCAUGGAGAGAUCGUGGAGCCCUCUUCUUGUCUGUUGUUCAACCCUCCAGAACCAGACCUCGCUCUCGAGAAAGAAGAUGUUUUUGACCAGUGUGCUGGAAUUCCCAUUGGCAUGAGACUGAACUUGGAUUUCACAGGCACUCCACCUUUCAAAGUGAGAUACACCAUUACUCAUAAAGGUCAGGCUCGUGUCAAGCAACAGUCGUUUUCUGGUAUGCGUGGUGGAAUUGAGCUCCUCGAGAAUGCGGCCGGCUCUUAUAUCUACAAUGUCCUUGAGAUUGAAGAUAGUGUUUAUGGCCCGAGAUCUCUGAAAGACAAGGAUUACGUCUUCCAGCAAGAUAUCAUGCCACCAGCAUCCGCAGCUUUUCACCCUAACGCGCAGGUUAUCAAGGCUUGUCUCGAUGAACCUGUCGCGGUACAAGUGGCAUUGGCUGGCCAAGGACCAUGGAAGCUUGAUUAUGAGCUCGUACACGGCGGCAAGAGGAAGAAGCAUAGCGUCCAAUCGGAAGAGGACCUGCAUACGAUCUUUUUCCCUGGUUUCAAGGAAGGAGGAGCCUAUGAUGUUGUAUUAACCGGAGUUCAGGACAAAUCAGGUUGCCGGACUCCUUUGAAAGAUCAACGAAAAAUCGAGAUUAGACCCGAACAGCCUCGCGCAGGCUUCGGGGAGAUUGACGGCAAACGAUCAACACUGGCGAUGGAUGGAAAGACGAUUCAAUUGCCACUCAGAUUGAAAGGCAACUCCCCAUGGGCUGUCCGCAUUCGAAACCUGGACCACCCUGACAGCUCUUUCGAAGAAAAAUUGUUUAAUGCCAACUCGGUGUUUGCAGUUGACAGACCAGGAACGUAUGAGAUCAUUUCAGUACACGACAGCUGCCCAGGUGUGGUUGACGCCAAAGCCAACACGUUCGAAGUUACCUGGAUACCUCGACCGACAAUGGCCAUAAAAGACUCCGAUGUCCAGGGAGACAACGCCGGAUCUGUACGAAAGCCUCCGGUCUGCCAAAAUGACGAAUCUUCCCUUUUCCUGGGCUUCAGUGGAAACGGACCUUAUCACAUCAAAUACCAACAGAGGUUUGAGCCACUAAAAGGCCCAGCAGCUGUAAGCAACAAGGAGGGCAGCUUUGCUGGGAGCAGUGCAACGAUCAACCUCGACACGAGUAGAGCCGGAGAAUAUACCUACUCACUGAACGAGCUCAGCGACAAUCGCUACCCACACGACAAGAGACAUUUCAAACCUCUCGUUGUCAAGCAGCAAGUGUAUGCUCCGCCAAGCGCCAAGUUCAGCGAGCCUGGCAAGACGUACGGGUAUUGCAAGGACGACCCAAGCUUCACAGCCAGCGUCGAAGCGGAAACCGAAAAUAUCCCCAUCACCUUCAACGGUGUUCCGCCGUUCAGUAUCGAAAUUGCCAUUGUCCACCACGGCGUUUCUUCACGACCGGAAAUCAUUCGUCAGAAAGACAUCCAGUCUAGCACGUACGCAUGGCCCUUGUCUCGAUCCACGCUUGAUCUAGGCACGCACAGCGUAUCAAUCCGGUCUGUGAGGGACAGCCGUGGCUGCGAAAGUAUUCUCGAAUCCGACCCUUCAUCCGUGCGCAUCUUCGUGUCGUCCCCACCUACGAUCCUCGCCCUCGAGUCGCACGACGAUUUCUGUGUCGGGGAGCACGUGUCAUUCUCCCUCAGUGGCCAACCACCCUUUGACGUCUACUAUACCUUUCAAGGUCGUGAGCGCAAGGCUCAUGUUACUGGAAACGAGUUCAGACGUCUCGCCGAGUCCCCUGGUGAUUUUGUAAUCACUGGUGUCAGCGACAAUGCCAUGGGUAAUGGCAAAUGUCGAGCGAGAAAAGAGAUCAAAAAGGUCAUUCACCCUUAUCCGACCGUCGAAAUGGGCCGCGGCAAGACUCUGGUCAGCGAUAUCCACGAGGGUGGAGAAGUCGACAUCAGUUUUUCAUUUACCGGAACGCCACCAUUCGAGUUUACGUACAUACGAUCCGAAAACGCCAAAAGAAGCAGCCGCUCUGCUCCCAAAGUGUUGGAGACUCGGCACGACACCUCCGAUGCGUUUACCAAGGUGAUUCGUGCCAGCGACGAGGGUGUCUACGAGGUCGUCAGUAUCAAGGACAGAUAUUGCUCGUACACGAAACCGAGCCACAAGAAUUCCGGUGGUGGGCCCGGGAAGAAUGGUGGGCAAAAGAGGUUGACCUAUUGAGACCUGUUCGGUUUUUUCACCUCGGUCUUGGUGUUUCCCAGUCCUCAAUUUUACCUGGUCGUCGCGAUGGAUAUUGGUGUGUCGGUGGAUCCAUCUACUGUUGAACUGCUUGGUGACAUCUGAAAGAACGGUCAGUGGGAGUAGUCUUGUGUGAUGGACAGCGGAUUCUCACUGGAAAAGAAUGAAAAGGGUCUCGAGAGCGAGAUAGAAUUUGUAGUUGUGGGCGGCGCAGGGUAGGGAGGGCGGUUGACUCUUUUCCCAUCCGCCAGGGCAUAGAAGAAUCGAGGCAUUGGACACACGCACACACACACACAAGAAUCAAACCAACCAAAGUGUCAAAGGGAAAAAGUAGGUGGUCAUCAGGACAGAGGGAAGAAUGGCUUUCUUGUUCAUUUUUGGAGAGGCCAAGAUAGGUGGCUGGCUAGCUAGGGAAUUUACAGCGAUGAGAACUCGAGGUAGCAGACAGCCCCCCAAAAUCUUCCCUGGA